CACUUAUAUUCGCGUAUGUAUACAUAUAUUUGAGUCAUAGAAUAAGUGAAGAGUUUCAUUUAUGUACAAUCGUUGUGAACAGGUGGAUAUCGAGGUCGCUUGUAUUAUUGCGUGAAACGAGAAAUCUGUAUCGAAUUCUAGUAGCAGAAUAAAAGAGUUCAUCUCGGAAGGAGACAGAGGAAGAAGGCUAGAGGAUCAAAUAAAUUUCGUCUUAUCUCUCUCUUGUUCCUGUCAGUAUUGUCUCUGCCAAAGACUGCAUCGAAUCUGAUUUUUUCCAUUAUUUUUCUUCUAUCUUCAAGAAUUAUAUUAUUUUGUUUUGAUAUAAUUGCUCGCUAAUCCAACGAUAUUCGUCGCUGAAGAAACUGGAACAACCGUUGUCCAUAAAUAGUGAUUACAAGACUUUGCCAACUCGUUCUUGUAAUCGAAACAUGUGUCAGUCACGUUCUUAACCCACAUAUUGUCCAAAUAUUAUAUCUGUACCUUGUACAGUAGAAAGUAGCUGCAGAAGGGUGGAAAAGAAUAGAAAUUUUCUCUAUAAAUCGAUCAUACUAUGGAAAAAAAAACUUGGUCGAUUAACGAAUCGAAUUCGAUAAAAUUGAUUUGAAUAUUAUUUCCUGAUUAAAGUUCGCUCUUGAGGAUAAUAACGAGUUCGACGAGUGAACGAAUGUGCAAAGCAAUAGAGUGGGAGAAUGAACGGUUGGCAGCUUUGGACAUGGGAUAGAUGAUAGAUCGUAAAUAAUGGGGUGGUAGAGCGAACAAGAAGUGCAAAAUGGAUUGGGUGCCUCGGCUCAGGUAGCCAGAGACGACAAAGUCGCGGGCACCAGGGCAAACGAGCCCCGAGCUUCUAGCAAAGCUUUUUCUUUUCUCUGUCUAUCUUCUGUUCAAGAAAAAAAAGAUAUCGCAUGGAUGGGCGUUAUUGAUAUUUUUCUGAAAGACUGUUUUUUAUUUUUUGUCGUUUACCGAUCGGUGUUAUGAAAAAAAAAAAGACUGAACGUGAUAAUCAAUAAAUCAACCAAGGAAUUAAUCCGCAAGCUUUAUCAUUGUCGGUGAAACGUAUCGGAGGAAAGAUUGAACCGAUUAAUCGAUGCAACAGUUCCCGGAUUUAUUCCAAGAAGGAGAAGAAACUUGAUACGAAUUUACACGUGAUCUCUGAUCCAACAGAACGCUCGCGUCUGACUCACAAAAAGACUGAAGAACAUACGUUGAUUCAUUUGUCGAAAAAUGUUCGCAUAUUGCGUUCUGUAGAAUAUAUACUGGCUUUCAUUUGUUGCGUCACACGUACAUAUCUUUCGGGAUCUCAUGUAAUUGUCAUACAUACACACGUGCAUGUACACAUACACAGCUUGUCAUAUCAGCUAUAUGAGCUUUUGAGAAAUUUCUGACGAACAUAUACACAAAACAUUAUACGCGUGUCGUAACACGCAUUUUCGAUUAUUAUACAUAUUGCAAAUAUAUUGCGUACAUGUACAUGCGUAUAGAAAUAAUAUAUAUAUAUAUAUAAAAUACAAAAUAUAUAUAUAUGUAUCUAUGUACAUGUAAAAAAUCUCUUUCGCUGCCUAAUAGAAAUAUUCGUGGAUAAAGUGGCGCAUAUGAUACGGUAAAAGACCAACUUCUGUAUUGAUAUAUCUGUCCUUUUUUCUAUGAAAAGAAUAAUUUCUUUAUGCCAGAAGAUAUUUAAUUUCAAGGAAGGUAUGUUUCUUCUUUUUUUGUUUUUCUAACGAAACACGUAUUGAGAAUAACGCGUGCAACGAAAAACUAAUAAAGAAAAGUACUCAGAGUAGUGAGAAGUGUAAUUGAAGUGUGAUCGUUGCACGGGCUCGCAACAGAUCAGGAUGGGUUGUGGACAGAGCAAAAUCGGCAAUAUCUAUCCAAAAAACAAGAAGAACAAAAACAACACUGGCAAGAAAAAUGGAGAUUCUAUCGGUUCUGCAUCAGUAGAACAAAAAAAUGGAAAUGGUAACGCGAAAAAUAACAAAACUAAUAACAAUGGGGUCGAGGUGAACCGAAACGAAGAGCAAAAUGGAUCUGGCGAGAUCAAGGGCCAAGCCAAGAAGAAGUCGAACACACCUGGAAGUGGUCCUCUGUUGCAACAAGCAGAGAUAUCCACCAGUCAACUCGACUUCUUCAGAAUGCUCGAUGAAAAAAUUGAAAAUGGUCCGGAUUACGAUGAAAGUCUCGACACGACUGCAAGAGCUGAACGAGUGUCUAAUCUUCUACGUCAAUGGGAAUUAGCCAGUGUGAGCUGGUCGAGUGUCUCCGACUUGAACAACGCAUCCCCAUCCGCGAUGAAAAAUCGCGGUUCAGGAUUGAAUGCAUCUCGACAGAGUCUGAGCGCAAAAGACAGGGAAGGAAUAAGGAAUAUAGUUGGUGGUAGACCGGAGAGUGCACCUAUUUACAUGAGAAAUGCGAAUCGCGUGGAUGGUCUCCAAGAGACUCACUGCCCAUCGCCAAGUAUGCCGAGACACGUAUUAGAAUCGAUCACCCAAAGUCCAACCCAAAGUCUGAAAAAUGUCACACCGCCUGGCUCCUCUCCAACCAGUUUGCGUUAUCAAGACAGUUAUAAGGAGUGCAACGCUAAUCAGCCAUCGGCCAAGACCGUAAAGGUUCAUUACAGUGCUCAGAAUCCUGUGAACGGGGAAUAUGUGACGCAACAGGCACUUUAUCGUGAACAGUAUUUGCAACAAACUGGGAUAAUCACGGUACCUUCGCAAUAUUCGACCGGUUCACCUGGUGGUAAUGUCCUUAGGAACAAUCCAUACGUGCAACAGUAUCAAAUCACCAGCCCACAAUUCACCACUCCGAGGAAACGAGGCUUCAAUGCCGCACAAAUGACGUGACCGGGCUGGCCGUGCACCACCAGAUAAGACUGACAUAUACCAUACACACUCACACAGAUAUAUUCUGCGAAUUGAGAGAAAGAGAGGGAGAGUGAAUGGGAGAGAGCGAAAGAGCAAGAGAGCGAGAGAGAGGAUAGCGAGCAGAACUCGACGGGGAUUUCUCGAGUUCUUCGUCGAGACAAAUUUAUUCGCAUGAACAGUAAAGAAGGAGAGAGAGCCCAUCGAGGCUGGAGACUGACCAACAAACGGAGAAGAUACUACGGAUAUUUCUCUACAUGUUUCUAAAAAAGAUUCCGUACAUUUUCUUUGCAAUUGGCAGAUAUCAAGCGAUAACUACUUGAGUAAUAAUAAAUAAAAGCGCAAAAUACUUUGUUGGCCUAAAAGAUAAAUGUGAUCCAUUCAAAAUAAUAAAAUAAUAAAAACGAAACAAAAAAUAGCAAAAUCUCUAAUGUAAAUUACAGUUUAAGAAAAUUCUUCGCUAUAAGUGCCAAAAUAUAAUAAGCAAUUUAAGUGCUACGGAAAAUAUUGUGAGAGCGAAAGAGAGAAAAAAGAGAGAUUAUCCGUUGAACUAAUACUCCGUUCUUUGUAAUUCAUGUAAAUGAAAAUUUUUCGAUGUGUAUUUGUAUAUUUAUAUAUAUGUUUAUAUUAUAUAUUAUAUAUA